AUGUAUCAUCAAACCAUUGAAAUGAUGAGGUUUAUCACCCCACCGCUUUUGAACGAGCUGCGGCGGCGUCUCCCGCUGUUAACCACUGUCGCAAAUAAACAGCUACCACUCACCUGCCUUCUCCCACCCCACCACUCUGCACCCCUAAGCCGGCCUCUCUAUACUGGGGCCAUACUAAGAAAAGAUGUACCCCUCCCUCAGUCUAAAGAAGAUCAGACUGAAGAGAAACUGGACCUGGACAUAUGGAAAUCUGUGAUGAGGUUUCAGGUCCCAGAGGAGGAGAAACAGGGAGGUGAGGAGGGAGGUGGUGGUGCUGCUCCUUCAGGGCCAGGAGGAGGUGUAGCAGGGCAGGAGGAGGUCUCCCCACUGGAGGCCACCAGAGAGCUGGUAGUGAUGUGGCGUCAGGCUGGGAAGCUGGUGCCAGAGAUCAUGACUGACGAGGAGCUGGGGAUCCUGGCCGAGUUCCAAACCAAGUCCUCCAAGAAGAAGUACCUGAAAUACCUGGCCAUCAAGGAGGGCCACAAGAACAACCACAAGCAGAAACAGGAGAAGAAGAAGGCAGAGAGGAGCGAGAGGUUUCUGGAGGACGAUAGGAUCAGGCCUGGCGGUGUGAGAGGAGAGGAGGGGGAACUGAGGAACACUUUCCUUCUCCAGUUCUGGGGUCGUUCCCUGGACAAGCUGCUGGGGUGGAGGUCGGCCCAGGCCAUGGUGUUCGGCCAGCCGCUGGUGUUCGAUAUGUCCUACGAACAGCAGAUGACGCGUCGGGAGGUGGAGAACACGGCGUCCCAGCUGAUGGAGGUGGAGGGGUGGAACCGCCGAGCCCCGGACCCCUUCCACCUACACUUCUGUAACUUGCAGCCGGACGGGGGUUACCGCAGGGAGCUGGUUAAACGCUACGGCGCCGAGGCCUGGGAGCGUCUCCUCAUCACCUCCACAGAGCAACGUCACGUGGACCUGUUCCCCCGGGACGACCUGGUCUACCUGACGGCUGACUCCCCCAACGUCCUCCGUACCUUCGACAACUCUAAGGUCUACAUCGUGGGCUCCAUGGUAGACCGCUCCAUCCAAUCAGGGCUCUCCCUGGCCAACGCCAAGCGUCUGAAGCUGAAUACGGCCCGUCUGCCGCUUGACGACUUCCUCCAAUGGGAGACGGGGGCCAAGAACCUGACCCUGGAUCAGAUGAUACGCAUCUUGCUGACACUGAAGGAGAGUGGGAGGUGGGAGGAGGCGCUGGAGCACGUACCCAAGAGGAAACAUGAUGGAUUCUACCAGGACAGAGACAGAGGCUCAGAUAAGGACAGGAGGUUUAGUGGCAGAACCAGAGGGGGAGACACAGGGUUCAGGGCUGGGGACAGAGGGUUCAGGGCUGGGGACACAGGGUUCAGGGCUGGGGACACAGGGUUCAGGGCUGGGGACACAGGGUUCAGGGCUGGAGACACAGGGUUCAGGGCUGGGGACACAGGGUUCAGGGCUGGAGACACAGGGUUCAGGGCUGGGGACAGAGACUGUGAUAGAACAUUCAGAAGUGGGGACAGAGAGAGGGCAUUUAGUAGAAGAGACAGUGUAUUGAAGAGUGGGGACAGUGACAGAGCAAUUAGGAAUGGGGACAGAGAAGGAGACAGUGACAGAGCAGUCAGGACUGGAGACAGAGGAGACAGUGACAGAGGAGACAGUGACAGAGCAGUCAGGACUGGAGACAUCAGGACCGGAGACAGUGACAGAGCAGUCAGGACCAGAGACAGAGAUAGUAUGGAGGAGUGGAGACAGAAACAGAUGAAUGGUGUGGUCAGAGAGAGAGGAUCCACUAGCAGACAUAAGGACAGUGUAUUCAGUAGCAGAGACACGGUAGCAGUCAGUAAGGAAGCAGUACCUACAGGGGAUGCAGAGAACAGACAGAACACACAGACCACCACCAGGGUACGGACAUCACUAAAAACCAAGAUGGAGGAUCGGAACAGUACAGCCAAGAGCGGGAAGAAAUUGCAGGAGGAAGAGUAGCCUUAUUGGGCCAAAUAUUCAGACAUUUCUCCUCUGAGUGUUCUUCAGUUUCACCCUGUUGUGUUAAUAGAUUCAGAGAUGAACUGAUGAAAAGCAUUUCUAAAUGCCUUGGAACACUUGACAGGUGCGGCAUAUCAAGACGCUGAUUAAAACAGCGCGAUCGUUACACAGGUGCGCCUUGUGCUGGGGUACAAUAAAAGGCCAGUUCGGCAACAGCUCCAGGUGGACCAUGAACAGAAACAUUUUGAACAGAAACAUUUUUUGAUCAGCAACUCAGUGAGACUGUUUGAUUGUUUGGAAUCUUUGGCGUAUUUGCUACUUCGUGUCGAUGUACACCGAGGAAAAAUAUAUAUAUAUAAACGCAACAUGUGAAGUGUAUUAUGAGCUGAAAUAAAAGGAUCCAGAACAUUU